UUCAGUGUAGACUCUGUUUAACAGUUAAGCUGCUCUGGCAGCAACAUAAUUUUGCAAACAUAAAAGUUAACAAUAUUAAAAUUGCAGAAAAGAAUCAAGGAAACUCCCUUAGAAUUAUAUGUAAGGGAAUUUUAAAGUAACCUUGUGGUCAUUUUCGUCAAGAGAUUUGAUCACACUAAAUAACUUAAUGAAGCUCAGAUGCUGAGGGCUUAUAAUCUUCUCCCAUGUCUCAUCCAUCAAACUCAUGACAACAAAAAUAUAAAGAAAACAUUAGGGUAAGCCUGAACUGUUGGCCUACAGCCAGAGGACCUAAUAGUAGCUAAAUACCAGUUUGUUUACUGUAUUUUGCACAGGUUCGUAAGGUGGUAGAAGACACGAUGAAGAAUAUUCAUCCUAUUUAUAACAUCAAGACACUAAUGAUAAAAAGAGAAUUAGCUAAGGAUCCAGAGCUAAAAAAUGAAUCUUGGGACAGAUUUCUGCCUAAGUUUACACAGAGAAAUGCAAAGAAGGUCAAGAAAUCCAAGUUUAAGAAAAAGGAAUAUACUCCAUUCCCUCCACCACAAACAGAAAGCAAGAUUGAUAAACAGUUAGCAAGUGGUGAAUACUUUCUUCAAGAGAAAGAAAGAAGAUUAAAGGCCCAACAGGAAAGAAAGGCUCGACAAGUGGCAGCAGAGGAAAAGAGGAAAGCUAAGCGGGAACAGGCGUUCAUUCCACCAGUGGAGGAAAAACCCAAAAAAGAAACUAAGAAGAAAGAGAAUGAUAGCAAAGUGGACGUGGAGGCAUUCAAAAAGAAAAUAAAAAAUUCCCAGAAAAGAAGACUUCUUGGACAGAGUGCAUCAGAAACUCCAGUAAAAAAGAGAAAAGGCAAGAGUUAAAAAGAAGCUACCGAUAUUCAAAUAAAUGUUAUUUGCAGUCAAAACCGUCGACAGCCAGUGCCCAGCACAGUGGUUCCACUAUGCGUUUGGUUGGUGAUGUCAUCCAUGGGACAGGCAAUACUGAAGCUUAUUGCAUGAACACAUGACAAGCUCAUCACUGCUCCUUGAAGUCUGGACAUCUCCAGAGAUAAUACCAUCAAAGACAAUUUUACAAUGCUUUGUUUCGUCAAUGCAUAUUCAUUUGCUAUUUCAUUCACAAGUUGUAUUUAUACUGUACGAACUACUGUUUUGACACUCCAUCUUUUUGAGAAAAAUGUUUUCUACAAGAAAGAAAACAAAUAAUGAUGAUAUCAACCACAUUAGUGCACCACCUCUGUAAGGAUGGCAAGAAGGCAGAUGCUGGAAAUGAACUUCUCCCUUUGACCUAACAUUGUUGUUCUAUAUACAUAGGGAUGACAAAAAUUGAAGUGAGCUUAAGCUUAAAUUAAAACAAUUUUUAUAGUU